AUGUCCACUUUGGACGUAAAUUCUUCGGCAUCACAAUUUGAAUCAUUCGACAGUGAUUCCUCAGAAAGCGAGUCAGUAGAAAUGGAAACAGUCUCAACAUAUCAGCCAACAACGAUGGAGACAGUCUCAACGCAUGAGACAACAAGGCUCGCCGACACCAUGCAAGCAACACUUGGAUGCUCAAAAUCGAACAUUACUGUUAAAGUGACAUUCUCAUCUGAGCAAGAACCAAGUACAAACACCUCAACGCAAAAUAAUACUGUAGAAAUGUCCACUUUGGACGUAAAUUCUUCGGCAUCACAAUUUGAAUCAUUCGACAGUGAUUCCUCAGAAAGCGAGUCAGUAGAAAUGGAAACAGUCUCAACAUAUCAGCCAACAACGAUGGAGACAGUCUCAACGCAUGAGACAACAAGGCUCGCCGACACCAUGCAAGCAUCACUUGGUUAA